AUGGAUGAGAAAGAUGACUGCUCAGUGAGCGGUUCAGCGAACAGCUCAGUGGAUCACUUAGUAAACGGCUCACUGAACGACUCAGUGAACGGCUCAGUGAACGGCUCAGUGAACGACUCAGUGAACGGCUCAGUAAACGACUCAGUGAAAGACUCAGUGAACGGCUCAGUGAACGACUCAGUGAAAGACUCAGUGAACGACUUAGUAAACUGCUUAGUGGACGGCUCGGUGAACGACUCAGUGAACGGCUCAGUAAACGGCUCAGUGAACGACUCAGUAAAAGGCUCAGUCAACGGCUCAGUUAAUGGCUCAGUGGACCGUUCAGUGGAUGGCUCAGUGGAUGGCUCAAUGGACCGCUCAGUGGACGGCUCAUUGAAUGACUCAGUGAACGGCUCAGUGGACCGCUCAGUAGACGGCUCAGUGGACCGAUCAGUAGACGGCUCAGUGAACCGCUCAGUAUACGGCUCAGUGGACCGCUCAGUGGAUGGCUCAGUUGACGGCUCAGUGAACGGCUCAGUGAACGACUCAGUGAACGCCUCAGUGAACGGCUCAGUGAACAACUCAGUGAACGGCUCAGUGAACGGCUCAGUGAACGGCUCAGUGAACGGUUCAGUGAAUCACUCAGUGAACGGCUCAGGGAACGGCUCAGUGAACAGCUAA